AUGAACUGCCCCCGCAGUCCUUACCGAGAGCUUAAGCGUUUCUAUACCUCAAGGGAUCCCGAGGACCUCCCUCUGCAGCCCCAGCCCAGCCGCUUCCAGGAAGCCCCAUCCCCAGGCCACCAGACUACGCCGGGCCGGCAGCCUCGUGCCCAGGAUGCUGCGCCAGGCCCGAGAAUAAAGCAGCUCCGGGAAACAAAGAAUCCGGGCUCUCCAGACCUCGGAGCUUCAGCCCAGCACUCUGGCAGCGGCAUCCCUUUCCGGGGACCAGGGCUCUCCCGGCUCCCCGUCCCCUCCAGCCCUCCCCAGCCUCCCCCGCCUCCCGCGCCCGCUCGCUGUCUCGCUCCCUCCCCGCCCGCUUCCUCCCCCACCAUCGCAGCGCUGGGAGGAAGGCGGCCGGGGCUCAAGAUGGCUUUAGCCGGGCUCUGCGCCCUACUCGCCUGCUGCUGGGGGCCGGCGGCGGUGCUGGCCACGGCCCCCGGCGACGUGGAUGCAUCCAAGGAGCUGGAGUGCAAGCUCAAGAGCAUCACGGUGUCGGCGCUGCCCUUCCUGCGCGAGAACGACCUGAGCAUCAUGCACAGCCCCUCGGCCUCGGAGCCCAAGCUCCUCUUCUCGGUGCGCAACGACUUCCCGGGAGAAAUGGUCGUGGUGGACGACCUGGAGAACACCGAGCUGCCCUACUUCGUGCUGGGAGACGCCCCACUCCAGGACCGUCCUCCACACCCACUCGCAGGCUGGCGUCUCAGUGCACCUGACUUCUCCCCAAACCCGACCUGGAAGCUCAGCUUCCCCUCAACUGCCCUGCCCCAAAGGAACAGGUUGCAUGAGUCUCUCUGAAACCUUUCCCGGGCCUUGUCCUCCCAGCUUUGAUUCAGGAGCACAUCCACACAGCACUUUUUGUCUGCUACCAGCUCAGCUACCCUAAGUCCUCUCCCACUCCUGGCCAUAUGCUCAGUUCUUUGCUUUACAC